AUGAGCGGGAAGGCUGGCGAUCCUCCCCAGAAAUAUUUCCGUAUGUUUGCCGAGAAAGCGCUCGGCUACCAGGAACAAAAGGCAGCGCUGAAGAAUCUUGUUCGAACAUUCCUUGAAACAAUGAGAGACCUAGGCAUCGAGACCUGGCUUAUGCACGGCAGCCUGCUGGGAUGGUGGUGGAACAAGCAGAUCAUGCCGUGGGACUCGGAUGUCGACGUACAAGUCACCGAGCCCAGCAUGUAUUUCCUAGCAACCUACUACAACAUGUCCGUCUUUCAUUAUAAGACGCCGAGGUUACCAGCCGGCCGGAACUACAUGUUGGAGGUCAACCCUAACUUCUCCAACGGAGACCAGUCGGACUGGAGGAAUGUCAUCGACGCCAGGUGGAUUGACACUGAGUCUGGGCUGUUUAUCGACAUCACAACCGCCCGGUACAACUUGACGCACCCAGAAGGCCAAGGCAUGAUGAGCUGCAAAGAUGGCCAUGAGUUUCGGGUAGCUAUCGCCAUAUCAGUAAAGAGUAACGACAGCGACUAA